AUGAAGGUUACUUACAUCCUGUCAUGUGCUUUCGGUAUCGUGGCGCUUGCCAACCCGGUGUCCAUGGCGAGUUGCUCUCAGCGUUGCUACACGUCAGUCAAUGAAUGCAGUCAGACGUAUGGAGGGUGUUGGGAAGCAUGCCCUGGCACUGCUACCGAUACUCCGACCUUCACACGUCCGAUGUGCAAUCCUACAGCUAUAUCUGCCAACACCACCGACCUCUUCAUCCCCACCUUGACAACAGUCCCUUCGCCCACGGCAUCGCUCACGGACUCGUCCAUCUCAAAGCCAUGCUCCGAGCAAAUCAUCUGCGUUGACUCCCGCACAAUGUGCGGAACCGAGACCGUACUGUACGGAGGCUGCUACGACAUGUGCUCGCCAACCCAGACUCCCACGCCCCCGCUCUGUACUCUCGCCCCAGCACUGGUAACCGACUACCCCUUCAUCAACAGAACCAAAGCCACGACGUCGAAAGGCCCCCGGGGACCUUGCACCCGCGCGAAGGCUUUCCUCUGCCCGCCUGCGGAUUGGUAG